GUCAUUGCACGCAUUCCUUGUCGCUUACUUCCCUUGUGGCGCCAUUUCCGCAGUGACGGCGAACAGCAGGAAUUACGUUCGACGUCCGCAAUGUGUGGUAGAACAGCUUGUACUCUUAAUCAAGACGACGUAGUCAAGGCCUGUCGGUUCAGGAGGAGGCAAGGCGACAGGCAGCAGCCAGUUUGGAGAGAUGCACCAGGCGGUCAGAAAUACUACCCAUCAUAUAAUGUGGCCCCUGGCGCACAUACGCCGGUGCUGCUAUCCAGUCACCAUUACAGUGGAGAAUUUGAAGGAAUAUGUGAGCGAAUAGUGCAGCCUAUGAAGUGGGGCCUCGUUCCAUCCUGGCACAAAGGAGACCCAUACAAGCUGGCAUAUGAGACCAACAACUGCCGAGCAGAUGGGAUGUUGAUGAGAAAAACCUACAAAGUUCCUUUGGAAAAGGGACAAAGAUGUGUCAUACUAGCUGAUGGUUUUUAUGAAUGGAAACGAAACAAAGAGGGAAAGCAGCCAUAUUUUAUAUACUUCCCACAAAGAUCUGAAAUCUCUGACAGUUGUAGAGAUGUCAAACCGUCUAUCAUAAAAGAAACUGAAGAUUUAGGGCCUGAUGAUUUUCUUGAAAAUGAGACAGAGAAAGAAUGCAAAUUGCUACAGACAUCAGUGAAAGAAAGAGGUGAGGUCAAUUUGCCUGACACACUGAUCAAAUCAGAACCUUUAAAUGAUAGUAACAGCAGUAGCUGUCCACUGGCUACAAACCAUUUGGUGAAGAAGGAAGAAUCUCUCAGUACCAAAAAUGCCUCUAGCAUGCAUCUUGAAACAGAUUUACUGGCAAAAGGGAACCCUGCAAUUGAUGCAAACAGGGAUGGUGACAAUGCUGAGUGGCAAGGAAAGCGUCUUCUCACCAUGGCUGGAGUAUUUGAGAUCUGUAAUUCACCAGGUUCUCCUCCCCUGUAUUCAUACAGCGUUAUCACUGUGGAUGCCUCACCAGGAAUUUCCAGCAUUCAUGAUAGAAUGCCUGCAAUCUUGACCAGCGAUGAAGAGAUUGAUGACUGGCUGAAUUCUGCUGAAGUGCCACUUAACAAGGCUGUGAAGGUGAUAAGAUCAGUAGAGUGCCUGCAGAUGCAUAUGGUGUCAUCAGAAGUAAACAAUUCACGGAACAAUUCUUCAAAAUGUAUGGAGCCCUAUGAACCCAAACCAGAGAAAAGGUCUGGAAGCAGUGUCUUCAUGAAGAACUGGUUGAACAAAGGUCAUUCUGAAGCGAAAAAACCAAAGCAAAACUGAACAUUUGAGCCUGCGGGUGAUCUAUUAGCAUACUUUAAUGGAAUGAAUUUAGCCAUCUACACCUAUACGAGGGAGAUAAAAGUGAGCCAUGAACACCCAACAAUGUGAUUCCGAUCAGCUGAUGAACGGCCUUGUUUUUCAGGUUUCUUUUAUAGAUUACUUUCCCACUGUAUGUGGAUCAGGAAAUAUGUUUCUGAGCAUGAUCUAUUGUUGCAUCAAGUAUGGUUCAUUCACACAUGACAUUUUUAUAACAAAGAACACAGAGUUGUAGAGUUAGCUGCAUUUAUUCUGUGAUGACCAAAAUAGAAUGUUUAAUUCACUACAUUGAAAAUGGCGCUAAAGAUGUUGGAGCCCCAGAACUAAAGGAAUGUGCACUUUAGCAUGGGAUUUCAGAUGGUUUCUUAGGUGUAACAAUGACUGCCUGCUUGCCAUUCUGAGAAAUUUAGCCACAAAGUGGUAGGGAUGGGGUAAAAAAGAUCACUGGGGAAAUUUUCAAGGGUAAAACAUAGAAAAUCGUUUCAUUAUUGCCAGAACUGCAUUACCUAAUAUUGUUAACCACAUCCAGUCAUAUGCUUCUAUAACUAUUUGUUCCACAUUUCAUUAAAAUUAAUUUCUGUGUUUUAACAGUGUUCUAUGAAAAUGCAAUACCCUUGCAUUGAAACCAUGUAACUGUGCGUCCAUGUAAAAGUAUUCACACCUGUUCAUGCAUUUCUCGACCUGGUUACCAUGGUAACCAGGCAAGAGUAUUUUUAGUUCAAACUGUGUAUUCCUUUGUCAAGUAUCAGUGACAAAAAUCUGUUAUUCCCCAUCACAUUCCCAAGACUAAAUCUAAAUGACUGCUUGCAAGACUCAAAUGGAGAACCCUGAAUUCAAAAAUAUUUUUUGAGGGUAACUUUCUCGCUUUAUAAGCAUGCUGGCCACUUUAAAACUACAGAAAAUAUGCCAGAACUGUAAGGGUAACAAGUCUAAUAGCAUUACCAUAUAAAUUCUUAGAUUUCUGCCAUCCAUGCUUGCACCUUUCAAAAUAAAGUCUAAAUACCCUGGCACCAUCCGUUCCUGGCUAACGGGUAACAUCUGUAAGCUCAUAUCCUUUAGUUCCUUUAAGGCUUAAAACAAUGAACACAAAGGAAUAAACAUAAAAUUUAAAUGCAGCAAAAUGUACAUGCAGAUAGUAGAGGGCAAACACUGAAAGAAAAACAUGCGUCGGUCGAAGUAUACGCAAACAAACACAGCUGGUCAAAAAAAACUAAAA